AUGACGCGAGCGUUCGAGCUCAUUCAAGAUUGGGUGGGCAUGCAUGGUUUAGCACGCAAAGAUUGUUUCAAUCCCAAGGGCCGCUCAGUGCCUCCGGAGUGGUUCGUUCGUCAUAUCAAUCCAGACGACGGACCAGAAGACAUUGAAACAGUUCACAUUUGGUCGGGCAUUCACCGCGUUGAUGGACAACGAGCCGAGAAUAUUGGAGUUGAAACCGUUCGUGUGCUUGUUGUGUGCUUGGACGAAGAAGACGUUCAAGAGCGUCUUACGCAGGAAAAGACGGACUUCAUGUCAGUGGAUGAAAAAGUGAGAAACGGUCGGACUGUAUUAGACGGAACGACAUUGCGCGCAACUUAGCCCUGAGUAAGCUAUACCACCGUGACGAAUUGGCGAAG